AUGCUCUUCCGGGCGACCUUGUCAGCCCUGGUGCUAGCCACCGAGAUCCUUCCGACCGCGGCCGCUGUACAACAUCACAACCCAAUCUUGCCAAAACGGCAGACCCCAGACAGUGACUAUGACUAUGUUGUAGUCGGAUCUGGACCUGGAGGAGGUCCCACAGCUGCGAAUCUGGCAGUUGCUGGCCACAAAGUGCUGCUCAUCGACGCCGGCGGCGAUUCGGGAGAUGCGCUAGUCGAGUCGGUGCCCGUCCUCUUUCCGUUCUCAACCGAGUUUGCGGACACAGAGUGGGACUAUUUUGUCACUCGGUCUUCAGACCCGACUGUCCAGGCCCAGGACUCCAUCACCUCGUACCGUUUGCCCGACGGAAGCAUCUAUACGGGGCUUGAUCCGCCUACCGACGCCGUGGCCAUCGGAACACUGUACCCACGUGCUGGCACUCUGGGCGGGUGCUCUCGACACAAUGCUUUGAUCGCCAUCCGCGCCUUUGACAAUGACUGGACCGUAGUGGCCGACAAGACUGGUGAUGAGAGCUGGUCUGGAGCGACGUUUCAGAGGUUGUUCCAAGGCAUUGAGCACUGCGAUUACCUCCCGAACUCCAUUGUCGGGCAUGGCUUUGACGGCUGGUUCUGGACAGAGCUGACCUCUCUUCUUACUGCUGUCCAGGACCUCAAGGUUGUCAGUAUCAUUGUGGCGGCUGGUGCUGCACUUGGGAAGGGUAUUCUCGGAACCUUAAUCGGCACGGUCGAGGGUCUGGCAGAAAUCCUGACUCAGGACGUGAAUGCCCCGGGCCCAACAAUCGCCCAAGGGCCAUUCCAGAUUCCCCUGAGUAUGAAGAAUUCUGUUCGUGGUGGAGCAAGAGACCACAUUCUCGAGGUUGCCAAUGCUGUGAAUGCAGACGGAAGCAGAAAGUACCAACUCGACAUCAAGCUAAACACUUUGGUCACCAAAAUUCAGUUUGAUCAAAGCGGCGACGUGCCUCGGGCCACGGGUGUAGAAUAUCUCGAAGGACAGAGCCUCUAUCGCGCAGAUCCGCGAUGGCCAAGCGCUAGCGUCUCCGGCGAAGGAGUGGUGAAUGCUUCUAAAGAGGUCAUCAUUGCUGGCGGAGCGUUUAACACACCUCAAAUCCUCAAGUUGAGCGGCGUUGGGCCUCGGGCUGAACUCGAAGACUUUGAUAUUCCCGUGAUUGUUGACCUUCCCGGUGUUGGUGCUAACCUCCGUGACCACAUUGAAGUGUCGGUCAUUUCGCAGGCUUCCUCAAACUUUAGCAUCCUGAAUGGAUGCACCCUUGCUCAAGGAUAUCCGGAAACACUCGAUCCGUGUCUUGAGAAAUAUCUCAACGGUGUUACCCAAACCGAUAAAGGAGUAUACGCAAGCAACGGGCUAGCCGUGGGUGUGUCUCUUCGUUCGAGCGCUGCAGAUGCUGUUGAUCCUGAUCUCUGGGUGUAUGGAGGACCUGCUAACUUCCCUGGCUUCUUCCCACACUGGGCCGAGCGCGCAGUUGCCGAUCACAAGCACUGGGUUUGGGUCAGUCUCAAGGCCAGCACAAAGAACCGCGGCGGCAGCGUCAAGCUGGCCAGCAAUGACCCACAAGAUAUCCCCGUCAUUGCAUUCAACACGUUCGAGGACAGCCUCUCUGCUGACCAGGACCUGCAAGCCAGCUACGAGGGAAUCAAGUUUGCACGAGAUGUGAUGGACAAGGUGCUGCCAUUGGACGGCACUUUUGAAGAGGUGACGCCGGGCAGAUCCGCCGCAUCCACCGAAGACGAAGUCAAGGAAUAUGCCAAGACCCAGAGCUUUGGUCACCACGCAUGCUGCACAGCCGCGAUUGGCGGUGAUGAUGACGAAGGAGCAGUUCUUGACUCGGCUUUCCGGGUUCGAGGCACAACCGGCCUCAGAGUCGUAGAUGCCAGUGCCUUCCCGGUUGUUCCCGGCUUCUUUAUAGCGCUUCCAACGUAUCUGCUUGCUGAAAAGGCCAGUGAGGCAAUCUUGGCUGAUGCUUAG